AGCAUUUGUUAGAGUGAUUUGGCUUCUGACCAGUCUCCAGGUAAUCUGUUCAGACCAAAGUUUAGGAAAUGCUGUGCUGCUAUCCAGAGGUUCCACAGUUACAACCUCUCAGUCUGUGCACUCUCUCCCUUGGGUGGCCUGAGAGCUCGCUGGCCAUUUAGCUGGGUACAGCAUGGACACUGGUCUCAGCUUGCAGCUUUCUGAGCAGGACCAGUCCACCAUGCCUGAAGUCAAAGACCUUUCGGAAGCCUUGCCAGAAACGUCGAUGGACCCCAUCACAGGCGUUGGGGUGGUGGCUUCUCGGAACCGAGCCCCGACAGGCUACGAUGUAGUUGCGCAGACGGCAGAUGGUGUGGAUGCUGACCUCUGGAAAGACGGCUUAUUUAAAUCCAAGGUUACCAGAUACCUGUGUUUCACAAGAUCAUUUUCCAAAGAAAAUAGCCAUUUGGGGAACGUGUUAGUGGAUAUGAAGCUCAUUGACAUCAAGGACACGCUGCCUGUGGGCUUCAUCCCGAUUCAGGAGACGGUGGACACACAGGAGGUGGCUUUUAGAAAGAAGAGGCUGUGCAUUAAGUUUAUUCCACGAGAUUCAACUGAAGCUGCGAUCUGUGACAUUCGGAUCAUGGGUCGGACCAAGCAGGCCCCGCCCCAGUACACGUUUAUUGGGGAACUGAACAGCAUGGGGAUCUGGUACCGAAUGGGCAGAGUACCAAGAAAUCACGACUCAUCCCAACCCACGACGCCUUCCCAGUCGUCAGCCGCUUCCACCCCAGCCCCCAACCUUCCCAGGCACAUCUCUCUAACGCUCCCUGCCACCUUCCGAGGCAGGAACAGCGCCCGGACGGACUAUGAGUACCAGCACUCCAAUUUGUAUGCCAUAUCAGCAAUGGAUGGUGUGCCUUUUAUGAUUUCAGAGAAGUUUUCCUGUGUUCCAGAAAGUAUGCAGCCCUUCGACCUCUUGGGGAUCACCAUCAAGUCCCUGGCAGAGAUCGAGAAGGAGUACGAAUACAGCUUCCGCACGGAGCAGAGCGCCGCCGCCCGGCUCCCGCCCAGCCCCACCAGGUGUCAGCAGAUCCCCCAGUCCUGAGGAGCCGGCGGCCUGGGGAGAAGACGCCGCCCCCGACCGCUGCCCAGCGCUGGGGCUGCAGGGCGCUCCCCUCCCUCGCCUGUCCCUCUGCCUCCUCCCGCCGCGGCCAGCCCUUCCCACCCUGCCCGAGGGUGGCCCGGAGACUCUGGGCAGCUGCGUGGACACGUCCCGUCAUCAGCUCGCCUGACAUGACACCCCCGCCUCCCUGGGGACAUUGUUCAUAACCACGACUAAUCUGUGUGUGCUGUAGUGACCAGCGGCCCCUAACAUGUCUGUGUGAUGACCAGUUGUCCUACGAAAACCUUACCUGCCCCGGAGUCGUCCCGAGGGCCCCGGGCAGUUGCUCAAGCCGCCCAGUGACACCCGUCUGCUCCCUGUACUCCUGACUGUCACCUACCACGGCAGACACCACUUGGCCAUUGCUUCCCCCCCGGAAGACGCUGGGGGUUGGCACUUCGCAUGGGACCCCCCAGGGCUCGCUGACCAUCCCAGACCGGGGCUGCCGAGGAGCAAGUCCCUCUUGUCACAGGGCCAGAUGCCCCAAGUGUUUCACAGCAACCCUGCAAAAACUCAGCAGGUAGAAGUCAGUGGCCCUGCUGUGGACUCUGCCCCCUACUUUGGACAUCCCGUGGACUUGUCACCCAACAUGUGGACCAUCCAGAAGUCGGGGAGCAGAUGGGUGCUGCUUUCUGGGGAGGAGGUGCAGUGACAGGCUCUGCUUGGCUCCUGCUGCCCAGGGCACUGUGCACAUCCACGGUCCCCCAAGGGCUAGUCUAGGGGACACCCACGUGCCAACCAUAGCUUCAGCUGCCUUGGCCCAGUGCACCAGCCCCCGGACCGCAGGGACACGGGCGCACGGGCACCCGGCCCCUCUCAGAGCCAGGCUGUGUCUUGGUGGCAUCUGCUUUCAGAACUACAGGAACAAGGUGUUCUGAAAAGUCCCUCUGACCCAGGUCACUGAAUUUGGGCCAGAACUGACAUUCCACGCGUGCCCAUUGGUGCUGGCAUCCCUCAUCGCGCUGGUGCUGAGUCCAACUCCACGCACGUUUGCAGAGCAGUGGCCGUGGUGCCCCAGGGGCCCAGCGCUGGCCCGAGGGGCCGCCUCGCUGCUCAGUGUCUGCCGUCGGGGUUGGUCCUGGUGCCUCAGAAUGAGGGAGUCUUACUCUUCGGGCGUGGGGCUUGGUGUGCUGAGGGGCAUGGAAGCUGCUGCCUCAGCCGGGACAGACUCUCCCUGCUGCAGUGCCUGGGAUGUGGCACACAGGUGGCUGGGGGCUGAGGCUCAAAUGGACAGGCGGAAGAACCGGCCAACUCGGCUGACGAUGAGGCAGGGGCCGAAAUACCUCACACUGCUGCAUCAGCCUGGCGUCUCCAGACCCGGCCCUGGGACCAGCUUGUCCUUGGCCAGCCUCGGCCCCCAUUUGGACACCUCUUAGUUUCCGUGGAUCAGGGAACUGGCCACCUCUCUCCACCCUCCCCGAGACCUGAGGAUGCCCCCGGUGGUGGGGGGGGGCCCUGCCGCCCCAGGCCACGCGGCAGCAGGCAGAGGCGGCCCGUGGGGCCGAGGUGGGAGUGUGUGUGAGGACCAGCCGAGGUCACUAAGGUGAGCUAAUGUGUUUCUGGGGAAUUGGGGAGCCCUGUGGAACCCAGAGAGCCUGUGUCUACUGCUGCUUUUUGGAUGGUGGCUGGUUCAAGCCCAAGUGGCCUGCGUGACAGAGCCAACAGACAGGGUGACGUCUAGCAGGCUGGGGGUGGCGGGAAGGCAGAGGGCAGCACUGUGGCCACUUCUGCCCCCUUCAUCUCGGUUUGCGCACUUUGUCCCUCAGCCUCUUUUUAUGCCUUGAUUGUGAGACCAUCUCUGAUAGCAACCACCUGGCCGCCUCCUCUCUCCUCCCCAACUCGGAACCAUGCGUUUCUGCCGCUCUCAUGGGCCCGGGAGGUCCCAAGACAACAGCGUGGGCUCCCUGGUCACAGGCAAAGGGGGCCAAGCCAAGCAGUGAGGGCGAUUUCUGGGGAAGGAAGAGGGGUGCCCUCAGCCCCCGACUGACGUCCCCCAGGCCCCACUCCAGCUGGGCCCAGCCAGGCGGCCCCACACGCCCUCCUGCAGUUGCCGAGACAGGGCCGCAGGGCCACCAGGGGGCCAACUGCACGGCCCCCGACGAGCUCAGCCUCUUCCCCAUAGCGUUAGGGACUUGGUUUGAGGAAAACAUUGACUGUGAACAUUGUAGUAAAUGGCAGCUUAAGACGAUUAAGCAGUGACAGUGUUAGGGACAAGUUAGUAUCUGUGGUAGGUUUUAGGCUGCUCCUAACCCCCCAUUUCUUGCCUUCUGAGAGGUGGGUGAGGAUGAGUGCGUGCGUGUGCAUGUGUGCGUGUAUGUGUGUGUGCCUGCGUUCGGGUGCACCCGCCCACCUGCCGGGGGCCCGUGCAGACCGCGAGGGAACUGAGACGCGGGCUUCUGGCUCAGGCCUAGGAUUUGAGCCACUAUGUGUGUCUCCUGGGGGGAGGGGAAGGAAGCGCAGGGUCUCCUGGAGAGGAGAAGGGCCUUGGCCUUGUCCCUGGGUCCCCCAGCACUUCCCACUGCUGCUGCUGUCCCUGCCCCGCACCCUCUGUCCCUCCCAGAAAGACUCCAGCCAGAGCACAAUGUCCCCACCGCCUUCCCUCUUCUCAAAAGUCCAAGCCUCUUUCCAAGGGCCUUGGAACGGCACACAGCGGGCGGGAGCAGGGCGCGAGCUCCAGGCGCACGUGCGGUUUGGGAUCAAGGCCCGUUUCCCCACCCCAGGUCCAAGAACGAACGCCAGCCCCGCCCCACCACUGGAGCGGUGAGAACGCGGUUGGGUAAGGAAAUGGCAGGUUAGACCCGCACCGGCCUUGCUCACUGGUCAGAGGUGGCCGUGCUCGUGUCAGAGAGAAGCGGUGGCGCUGGCUGUGGGCCCUUUGCAAGUCAGCGGGUCGGUGGGAGAAGGGGGACUAACGUGUGCUAAGCACCUGCUCCUGUCGCUCUGAGCACGUUUCUCCUGUCAUUCCCCCAAAACAAAGUAACCCGGAAGCGGAGGUUCCCUGCUCCUUGUUACAGAUGGAGACGCUGGGGCUUGUCCCUGGGCACAGGGCUGCCGCGUGGCCCCAAAGCCCGCCGGGCCGUCCUGUCUUAAGCACAGCCUCCAACUGAGCCUUUUGUCUCCAGCCCUGCAAGGGACUUCUGGGCCACCACUAGGCCCUGCCGGUCACCGCGCCACUGUGCAAGAGCCCUGCCACUCCCUGCGUGCCUGGGCGUUUGUGGGGAGUCCGGCCUGCUCCGCGAAAGCCAGGUGGGCCUGAGGAUGGGGGCAGAGCAGGGCCUCCGCGGAGCCGCCUCCAGGCCACUCAGGAGCGGAGCUCAGUGAACUCGGUUCUCGUCUACCUUACCCGGGGCGACUGUCCCCACUCAGGCUGCCUCGCACCCUCCGGGCAGCCAGCCUUUCUCAUCGGUUCUGAGCACAUGUCCGGGCAGCUGCGGCUGUCACCACAAGGCAGGGCUUUGUCCCCUAGCAAAGGCCACGCGAGCUGCUGCGUGACCGUGUCGCCUUGGAGGAGGACCUUAGGGACGACGUCCUGACUGCGUAUUUAUUCAAGGUGACUCUUGUACUUGGCAAAGGGAAGUUUCACUGUGUGACUGUAUUCUUAAUAUAAUUUGUUAAAUAAACGUUUGUUUUAACCUC